CCAGCAACGAGGUAGCUACAGAUACAGUAGAGUCCCAACGGAAACCUCAGACUGAGCAGACCCGAAAGGGAUCUUCUUUCUAUAUGAAGAGAUGUCAACCCGGGAUAAGCCCCCAGAGGCGGAAGUGGGGGAUACAACCGAACAGCAGUGGACGCUCAGGAGUGAGAGCCACGCAGAGUGCUUCCUUGGUGCCGCUCUCCAGUUGCGAGAGCAACACCGUCUGGUGGACGUGACCGUGGCGUUGGGUCUCAGGAGCUACCAAGCCCACAGCCCCAUUCUUGCUGCUGUCAGUUCUGUCUUCCGGCAGCGCAUGCAAUACAGAGAGCAAGGCGCGAUGGAGCUCCAUGGGGUGACCACACCACGGGGCUGGGAGGCCAUCUUGAAUUUCGCCUACACGGGGGAGUUAGAAGUCACACCAGAGACGGCCGGAGAGAUCUUGGACGCAGCCGAGUCGCUAGGCGUUCCUCGUGUCGCUGAGAUCUGCAAGAUGGUGUUGAUUGGGAUGCAGGCCGAGGACAGGCUGAGUCCAGCCGAAGAAAAAUGGGAGACGCUCCGAAGCCUGGAAGAACUUUACAAAGAAGGCAUUGGCUGGGAUUUAGAACUUAAAGCGGAGGGAAAUAGUUUCCGAGUUCACCGCCUGGCUUUGGCCUGUGGCUGUGAGUUCUUCCAUGGUAUGUUCACCAGUGGCAUGAAGGAAUCUCACCAGGCAGAUGGCCCUCUCUGCACCCGUUUCACCUCAACUGAUUUGGAACUAGUGAUCUCCUUUGCGUACUCCGGCACACUGGUUGGUGGGUGGGAUUUUCUGCUUGAUACGGCUCAGGCUGCUCUACAAUACCAAGUCUCUGGCAUCUGGGAACUCUGUCUGGAUUUCUUCCAUCACCAGCUGAGCCCUGAAUCCAGCUUGGACGUCUUGUCCUUCGCUCGUGCCUAUGGCUUGCACGAUCUGGAAAGCACCGCCGAGAACUUUGUGUUAAGGAAUUUUGCUCACGUCACGGCGACGCCAAAAUUCUUAGACCUUCCAGUCAACCAGCUGGUUGAGUUCCUCAGCUCUGACGCUCUCUACAUCCUCAAUGAAUUAGAGGCCUUCCAAGGAGCCAUCUGCUGGCUGAACGCUGACCCGGCUGGACGGAUGGACCGUGCAGACAAAGUUCUGCGCUGCAUCAGAUUCUCUCUGAUGUCCACCCGGGAGCUCAAGCAGGUGCGGGCGGAAAAGAUGAUGGCUGCCCCGGGUCAUCUCUAUAACAUCAUGGUCGACUCUCUAGCUAGCCUCCCACCGGGCCCCUCCAAGAUGGAACAACUCCCGUGCCGAAUGAGAUAUCCACAAAAGGUGAUUGUUACCAGCGGUGGAGAUACUCUGGCAAAGAACAUGGCCACUCGUAGUCCCACCCAGGACAUCUGGUUCUCCCAUCGCUUUUGGAACGGCAUCGGGCUGGUCAAGCAAAUAGAGUGGCGUCGUCUUGGGCAGCUUCCCGAAGAGCCACGCUUCCGGCAUGCUGUAGCGGUCAAGGACAAUGUGAUGUACAUCUUUGGGGGGAAAAACUACUACGGCGUCAGGGACACCAUGUGUUCAGUGUUCAAGUUCGACCCUCUGUGUGAGAGAUGGGAGCGGCUGGCCGACAUGACAAGUUGCAGAAGCUAUUUCCAAGUGGUCUUCUUAGAUGGCUUUUUCUACGCCAUGGGUGGCAGCUCCAAUGAUGUCUAUUGUUUGGAUUCAGUGGAAUGCUAUGAACCUAAGACCAAUACCUGGAGGCCUUGUGAACCUCUGCCGGCUCCACUCUGCGGCCACGCGGCCUGUGUCUUGGACAGCUCCAUCUAUGUCUGUGGAGGAAGCGAUGGUUCGUGCCGCUGUCACUCCACUCUGAUCCGUUACCUCCCUGGGGCGCCCCCCAUUCCACUGGCCACCAUGCGAGAAGAGAGGGCGGGACAUGCCAUGGAAGUCCUGAAUGGGCAGAUCUACGUAGCCGGUGGCCUGCGCUGGCGGGACGGCCACGGAGGCUACGCCGAUCAACUGGCCUGCGAAACGUAUAACCCCAAACUGGAUGUAUGGGUCGCCCUGAGCCCCCUGCCCCAGCCCCAUGUUAUCGCUGCCUCUGCUGUCUUGGAGGGAGAGCUCUACAUAUUGGGAGGUUACAGCCACGACACCUAUCGUGACACCCACCUGAUUCACUGCUAUAAUCCAACGCACGACCGCUGGGUCAAUGUCGGGACACUGCCUCAGGCUUACGCUGACCUCAGAGCCUGCGUCUUAGAAGUCCCAGCCUCCCUCAGGGGAAAGGACGCCUCUCCCUCAGAUACUCCCAACCUGGGAAUCUCGGCUGAUCCUGAAGGCAUCUGAUCCCUUGCCAACUUUCCUCAAAUGCAAGCCUUGGGAACGGUUGACCUUCCAGAUGUUGGGCACGUCCGCUCUCAGAGGCCUAUGUCAACAUGGCCAGGGAUGAGGCAACCAUCAGCUAGCUGGAUAGCUCAGUGGUUUAGGUAUCUGCCUGUGAAGCCAGAGGUUGGGAGAUUGAUUCCCCAGUGUGUCUCCUGGGAGUAAAGCCCAACCUGUAUGGCCUUGGGAGUAAAGCCCAACCAGGAUGCGCCCGGAAGAAGGAAAUGGUAAACUAUCUACCCGGAAAACCCUUAAAAGGCUCACUAUGAGUCAGAACUGACUUGGCACCACUUGAUUAUUAUUAUUAUUUAGUCUGAAAGAUCUGGAUUACCUAAGAUUCCUGUUAUAAGGGAAUCCGUUAAUUCCUACAUGGAUUGUCAAAUCGCUGUGGGCAGAAGCUCGGUAGGCCAAUUCACAAAUGGCAUGCACCAUUUUUCUGCUCUUAGCACCCUUAUACGCUUAUCGCCGGAAUGUGUGAAUUGACUCAGCUGGCCAAAAAAUACAGAAGUGCAGGUGAUAUGACAACUCUCCCUGUGGUCUUAGAUCCUUCUAAUAUUGUAUCUGCAUCCACCUGCCUUGAUUUGAUCAUCAAUAAGGGAUAACGUUGUCCUCUCUGAAUUAGUCUUAUACAUUUGCUGGAGCCAUUCAAAAACCACAUUGCAUUCAAAUGCUUCAUUUCCUCUUAUUUAUUUGCAAUAUUUACAUACUGCUUCUGUCCUAAUAAAGGUGAACA